AUGUUUAAAGAUUACGACGCAUUGCCUACAGCUCUGAGGGAGAUCCUAAUCUACUCGACCCAGUCGCGCUGUCUGCCGCUUGUUCCUGUCGUCAAAGUCGUCCUGGCCCUGUGGUCGAGCGAAAUAUAUUGCACUCCAUUACAUCGUUUCGACAAACGGCAAUUGGAUGAUAGUAAUUCAUCACCAGGACGCACAGUAUACAGCAUAUUGGAAGCCCCGGCGCCCCUCGGCCCAGUCGUGCAAGAAGCAGUUCCAAGUCAUCACAGUCGUCCUGGCCCUGUGGUCGAGGUCAGCAAAGGGGUCUUCCAGCCUGUGAUAUCAGGCAAGUAUUCGUUUUGCAGUAGCUCAUCCCUGCCUGACAUACCUUCCAGUUCCAGCUCACUCGGACCUAUUGUGAAAGCACUCUCUAGACCGGUCCCUUCGGUAAUCAAGGACAGUUUAUCUGAUUUGCGGUUUUAUUUCCAAAAUGUUCGAGGCUUAAGGACGAAAGUAGAUGAAGUCUUCCUGUCUACAUCUGAGUUGGAGUAUGAUAUCUACGUUUUCACGGAAACAUGGCUGGACGAUUGUAUACAAUCGUCGCAGUUGUUUUGCAGCAACUAUGCAGUGUUCCGUGUCGAUCGUUGUGUUACCAAUAGCUCUCGCCGACGUGGAGGCGGUGUUUUGAUAGCGGUAAGCAAAAAAAUCGGGUCAUCACUCGUUACUCUUCGCAACGGUGCGAAUAUCGAACAGCUGUGGGUUAAAGUGUCUGUUCGGGCAACUGAUCUAUUCGUUGGCGCUUUGUACAUCCCCCCCGAUAAAAGUCAAGACAGAACAUUUAUGCAGUAUCACAUCGACGCUGCAUCUGAGAUCUGUAGCUUACGAAAGGAUUCAGACUCCAUGGUGCUUUUCGGAGAUUUCAAUCAACCACGUUUAGUAUGGAAGCAAGCGUAUAGUGACCACGCAUUCGUCGAUGCUUUGCAGUCACAUAUCUCCAUGGCCAGCCAGAUUAUGCUCGACAACAUGGCAUUUUACGGUUUACAUCAACGAAAUAUGAUCAGGAAUUGCAAUGAACGCAUAUUGGACCUUGUAUUUAGCAGCGACUCUGAUACUACCAAUAAAUUUACAUCUCUAGCUGCGGAGGAGGUUGUCCCUAUCGACCGCUUUCAUCCACCACUCGAUUUCUGCGUAACAUUCCAGUCUGUGAUAUCAUUUUCUGAAGAAAUUGACCUCUCCGCACGCGAUUUCCGCCGAGGUGAUUUUGACACAAUGUGCGGUCUGCUAUCGAAUACUGAUUGGAUCGAAGUGACGCGAAGUACUGACGUGGACUCUGCUGUUUCUGCAUUCAACACUAUUUUGCGCAAUUGCAUUGCCCAGACUGUCCCACUCAUCCGACUUCCUAAGAAACCAGCUUGGGACAACUCGCGGCUUCGUGCAUUACGACGUCGUCGUUUCAAGAUGCUGCAGCAGUACUGUCGUCAAAGAUGUUAUUUCUCGAAACAACAAUUUGAUGAAGCGAGUCGCAUAUAUCGUGGAUAUAACCGUUUUCUGUACAAACAGUAUGUGAGGCGGAAACAGGACGAUCUUCGCAGAAAUCCGAAAAAAUUUUGGUCUUUUGUCAAUUCUAAACGACAGGAAAAUGGUCUCCCUACAUCGAUGUAUCUAGGUGACGGCUUGGCAAACAAUUUGGAUGAAAAGUGCGCGCUAUUCGCAGAGCAGUUCUCUAGCGUUUUUACGAAUAAUAUUCUUACCGCCGAAGAAACGAACGCAGCAAUCCAUACAGUACCACGUGAUUUGAUUGAUCUAGACAUUUUGCAAGUGACUCCACUGAUGAUCAAGUUGGCGCUUAAAAAGCUUAAGUUGUCGUUUUGUCCAGGACCAGAUGGUAUCCCAUCGUGCAUAUUCAAGAAAUGUGGGCCCGUACUAGCGGAACCUCUACUGUACAUUUUCAACCAAUCUUUGCAACAGCAAAAGUUCCCGACUGUUUGGAACACGUCUCAUAUGCGGCCAGUUUUUAAAAAAGGUGACAAGUCAAAUGUUGCUAACUAUCGUGGGAUUACUUCACUCUCAGCUGGUUCAAAAUGCUUGGAAACAAUUGUGAAUGAUGUUAUGUUUGGAUCGUGUCGCACUUACAUCAGUAAAGCACAACACGGCUUUUAUCCUAGGCGAUCUGUGGAAAGUAACCUUUACAUCAACCUGCAUCAGUGCCAUGGACAGUGGCGCACAAGUAGACGCAAUAUACACCGAUAUCAAGGCUGCAUUUGA